UCUAAAGGGAAUCCCCCUGUGUGACCCGACUGUUUUGAUGCUGAUCGCGUGUGAGAAUCAGUCAGUGUUUUUCAGACCGUCGACGGUGUGUGUAACGGCUGUUUUUAAAAGAAGUUAACACACUUGGAUUGAAGUUGAUUGCGAUCGUACGAAGUCAUCGCUAAUAUGGCCCGCAAUUUAGUAAGCUUGUUAAUCACACUUUGCGUUCUGGUCUCAGCAGAAGUUCAGGGUGGAUUCCCCAAAGAUUGUGGCCAGCGAAAGCGCAAGAUUACGCAACUAAUCUUCGGAGGAAAGGAGGCUAGAAUUGGAAACUGGCCUUGGCACACGGCCAUUUUCCAUCGGGAGGGCGGUAACUUCGAGUACAAGUGCGGGGGAACAAUUUUGGACAAAAACACAAUUCUGACAGCCGCCCACUGCGUACGUUUACCCGGCGGAGUCAUUGACAGUCAACAUCUCUCGAUACAGGUCGGACGUAAUCGACUUCACGUGGCCGACGACCGCGCUCAAGAGCAUGCAGCGGAUCACAUCCUGGUUCACAGAGGGUUUUAUGCUGAUUCGGUCGAACAUGAUAUAGCGCUCAUCAAACUGGCCACUGACAUCAAAUUCACGGAUUACGUUCAACCAGUCUGCUUGUGGGACAAGGGGGACGACCGGUUACUGAUUCGAGACCAGGUGGGAACGGUGGUUGGAUUCGGCGCAACCGGGAAGUUAAAUUUCUCCGAGAUUCUAAACGAAGCGGAACUGCCAGUCGUGGACAAUCAAGUCUGCAUCGACAGUAAUAGUGAUGCAUUCAGGCAAGCUCUGACCAGCAACAUGUACUGCGCUGGUAGACGUGAUGGAGUAAAUGCCUGUAACGGAGACAGUGGAGGUGGAAUGUUUUUCUUGUAUGGCGAUCGCUACUUUGUUCGGGGAAUAGUAUCGUUUUCACCAAAAAUCGAACUUACGGGCCGUUGCGACCCGUUCGAAUAUGUGGCCUUCACGGAUGUUGCACGGUAUAUCGACUGGAUUGUCCAACAGUUAAACUCGUCUUUCGUCGAAGCUCCUGCCCGUUCCGACGUACAUCCUAAGCUUACACUUCUCAGUCAAGACAUCUGCGGUCUCAAUCCGUACCCUUUCGACAAAGAAGCUAACAAACCUAUAUUCUUGACCUACCCUUGGGUUGGACUAAUAGAAUAUUCUCAACAGGGAGUUCGAGAGCGAAAAACUUUUUGUCAUGCAAUCUUAAUCAGCGAGCGCUACCUGGUCACAGCUGCCCAAUGCGUGUAUAACACACAAAAAUAUAAGCCUGUAGCAAUUAGACUCGGCGAAUACGACACUUCUACUAGUCAGGAUUGUGAUGAACUAGAUGGUCAGUCAACGUGUGCACCUGCGACUCAAACUCUCAACAUCGAAACCGUUACCGUUCAUCAUCAAUACAACAAACCACGUUUCGCAAAUGAUAUUGCUCUGAUCCGACUUCGUCAAUCAGCCGAUAUUUCUCAGGAAAAUGUUAAACCCAUCUGUCUGCCUCUAUCAAAAACGUUGCGCAGUUUUAAGCCGCAAAACUACACUCGAGUGGGCUGGAAGGGUAGCGCUACACAACCACGCGUCCAGCGGGCUGAGGUAGCCGUUGUCGAGUCCGUCACCUGUCAGCGACUCUACAACGAAAAUCGAAUUCCGCUGGAAAAAACAUUCCGGCAGAUUUGUGUCGAUCGUGACGCGACAGCAGCAGGUACGAGCUGCGUAUUCGAUAUUCCAGCGGCCCCUUUACAAGCGGUUCAAACCGUCGACAACAGUCCACGUUAUGUGCUGCAUGGAUUGCUGUCAUUCGGACCCAACAAGUGCCAACUGAAUUUUCCGGAUGUAUAUACCAACAUCGGCACCUAUCUGGCAUGGAUUUUGGAUAAUGUUCAGUCGUAGGGAAUAUGCGUUUUUUAGAGAUUAUAUAUUUUGUCGAUACGAGAUUACACCGUUAAUGUUAGGAAAACUAAUACUGAUUAGAAAUAAAUACACCUUGUUUUAUGAA